AUGUCAACCACCGAACAAUUGGUCAAAGAUGAACGUAAAAUUUCAAAACUGCUAUGGAAGGCCGUUCAUUCGCAACUCGAACUCGAGAAGGCCACCGAAAAUUUAAUGAAAGAUAUAUAUGACGAACUUAAAAGAAUUCAAGCUUCCGGUGGCUCACGCGAGGACUGGAAAACAAUGAGUGACAUGGCACAACAAUUGAUUAACACUCUCAAGAUGUUGAAAGAUGAUGGAACCUCUAAUUCCAUGAUCAAGGAGGAGAAAGAAGAGGCCAAUGAAGAUAUCGAGGAACAUAUCGAAGGAUUGAUGAAGGAGACCGAUCUGUAUUUAGAUUUGGGUCUCGAUCAAAGCAAAUUUAAUGCUGCCUUGGAGGAGAAGGAUCAGCAUGUCAGUUCUGGUUUGACAAAAUAA